GCAUCUCGGGCCGGGCUAGGCCAAGGCACCGCCAUUCCCGACUUGGUGGAGGCGUCGAAUCCCAUUGCUUGGGAUCCACGGGGCUGGAAUUACUGGGCCCCUCCUUCGGACCCGAACGGCGUGCUCGCAUAUCCGGCAGACGGCCAAGCGCUGUUAGACGCCAGGCUAGAGCCUACAUAGUCGGACAUGCCUUAUGCCAUGGCCUCCGAGCAGCCUCUCGCUGAACCGCCGCCGCAGCCGCCGCAGCCGCCGCCGCCGCCGCCUCCGCGGGCCUCUGUGCCCGAACCGGCGGCGAUAAAGCUGACGCGCGGCCACUCGUGCGUACUCUGUCAGCAGCGAAAGGUCCGCUGCGACAAGCAAAAGCCGUGUGCCAACUGCGUCAAAGCCCAGGUUGAGUGCCGUGUGGUCCCCCCGCAGCCGCCCCGGCGCAGGAAGAAGAAGCCGCAUGAGCGAGACCUCAUCGAGCGCCUCCGGAAAUAUGAAUCCUUGCUGGCCCAACAUGGUGUCAAGUUCGAACCCAUCGCCCACGAGCUCAGGCCAUCUGACCACGCGGACGAUGUUGCCGACCUUGAGCAGGAUCUCAGCGGGCUCAAGACGUCCCCGUCGAGCGCCGCCGACCAUCUAUCGCCGGAUCAGGGUCACGACAAGUCAGUUCCUCGUUUCGCGUGCUGUUGCUGCUCUUAAUUAUCAAACUAGCCUAACCCGUAUCUUCUCUUCAGACAAAGAUGGGCUCCCGCCAUCCGCGAGGUAAGCCAUCGGUUUUUUUUUUCUGUCGAUAUUCGCCAUAUUGCUGUCAUAGCCUCGCCGCGUAUACUACCAUUUUGCUCCAGCAUGCUUUUGUCUCCUUGGCGGCUUCUCA